GCUUUCGUGCGCCGUCAUCUGUUUGGGGCCAAAUAUAAGCAAAAGCAGAGUGCUCGGUCAAAUGGAGGGGAUGGCGCCGUUGCCGGUUCCGAGUACGACAAACCCCAAACACUGGAAAACCGUCAGACAAUGGUACAUCUACUGGAAUGGAAAUGGCCAGAUAUAGCUACUGAAUGCGAAACUUUCCUCCAACAUUACGGUUAUGGAGCAGUGCAGGUUAGAAACUGCCGUCUUGACGCUCUUGCUGAUCUGAACCAGGGCUCGCCUGGAGUGAGAAAGAAAUUGGUAGCGUUUCUGGACAGACUGAUUGAUUAUGGAGUCGCAGCUUCUCUG